AAAAAUUCCAAAAUGAACGCCAAAUUAUUGCUCUUGUUCCUCUUCGUCGCUGUGGCUUUUGCCUCACCGGUGCAACAGUCCAACAACGUUAAAAUCGAAGAAAUCGAAGACCCCGAAGACGCAUGGAGACAAUUCGUGGUGAAAUUCAACAAGAGCUACAAAACGCCGGAGGAGGAGACCAAACGCAAAGGCAUCUUUAUGGAACAUUACAAAAUGAUUAGGGAACACAACAAACAGUACAAGCAAAAUCUGGUGUCUUCCAGCAAAGCUAUCUACGAAUUCGCCGAUAUGACAGCCGCAGAUUUCGCAAGGACUCACACAGGAGUAAACACCGUCCCCUUAUAAUCCGGAGGCAACUAACAAAAAGUUCUUCGUAUUCCAUUCAUGAAAUAAACAAAUCGCCAG